AUGAACAAUGAACAAAUUGGUGUUUCAUCUAUAUCAUCAUCAACAUCCACCAGGACAACACCAGCACAGGACAUCAGCAGCAACAAUCACAGUGCGGCAACUGCACAGCUCAUCAAGGUCAAAUCAACAGGCAGCAGUAACAACAACAACAACGAUAUUGCAACAUUAGUGACAAAGAUCCAAGCGAUAAUACCGGAUACGCCCAUUGUGUCGAUUGCCGCUGGCACGUUGAGUGAAAGCACAACAACAACGACAUCGACUAAGACGACACCGACGCCCUAUUUCCAGGAGCAGUUAACCACCUUAAUGUCGCACAAUGUGAAGCUGGAGCAGCGUCCAGCCAAUGACAGCAGCAGCAGCAGUAGCAACAAUGCAGGUGCCGCAUUAGUUGGCAGCACCACAAAAAAGUGCAGUUGGCAGCACCCACAACGCAAGUGGCAGCACCGAAAACUCUACAGCAGCGGCUGCUGCUGA